CAGGCCUGAUCUUUAGUGAAAGGUGAGUUUCAUUGUGCUACCAAACUUACCGACAGCCAAACAAAUAUAUCAAUUUCUCCCUAUUUAUUUAAUGUUGCCCUUUCCAUGGUUGGUUGCAUGGUGUGUCUAUAAAUACUGGGAAUCAUCAGGACCUUUUCCUUUAGGAUUACCAUUUAAUUUCUCUACAGUUAAAAGAUCCCAUUACCAUUGGUGACUAUCGUUUUGCUGGUUUCCGGCCAGUCAAGAAAAAUGUGUACCAGAGUUCAUGCAGACACGGAAAUGCCGAUGGCCAGAACUGGAGAUUCCACUAAAACUAAUGGUGAUUGGGGGAAACGUAUCCAAAAGUUUGCCCAGAAAGUAGAAAGAUGUCCUGGUUUGGUGUGGCAAAAGAUGUGGAAGUUGGGACGCGAUGAUCCAAGAAGGGUGAUCCACUCUUUGAAAGUUGGUAUAUCUUUGACGCUGGUUUCGUUGUUAUAUCUCUUGGAACCACUCUUCAUAGAGAUCGGACAGAAUGCCAUUUGGGCUGUCAUGACUGUGGUUCUUGUGCUCGAGUUUACAGUAGGGGCAACUUUAAGCAAAGGGCUGAAUCGAGGAUUUGGUACGCUAUUAGCGGGAUCAUUGGCUUUCUUAAUCGAGUACAUUGCAGAUGAAUCUGGCCUGAUAUUUCGAGCUACUUUCAUUGGAGCUGCAGUUUUUCUAAUCGGAGCUGCGGCCACAUACGCGAGGUUCUUUCCCUUCAUAAAGAAGAACUAUGACUAUGGUGUUGUGAUAUUUCUCUUGACUUUUAAUCUGAUAACUGUAUCGAGCUACCGUGUUGAGAACGUCUUGGAGAUUGCACUUGAGCGCCUCUAUACCAUUAUCAUUGGCUGUGGCAUCUGCCUGAUCAUGACUCUGUUGAUCUUUCCAAAUUGGUCUGGGCAAGACCUCCAUAAUUCCACCGUGUCCAAGCUUGAAAGGCUAGCAAAAUCCAUAGAAGCUUGUGUCAAAGAAUACUUUAAUGAAAAUAAUAUAGAAAUAAACGAGGAUGAUCAAUCUUCAGAGGAUCCCAUUUACGAAGGUUAUAAAGCCGUUUUGGACUCAAAAUCCAUUGAUGAAACGCUGGCAUUACAUGCAAGUUGGGAGCCAAGGCACUCAAGAUACUGUCAUAAAUUUCCAUCACAGCAGUAUCUGAAAUUGGGAGCUGUUCUCCGCCAUUUUUGCUACACAGUUGUAGCUCUACAUGGAUGUUUGCAGACCGAAAUUCAGGCGCCUAAAUCUGUACGAGCCCUAUUCAAAGACCCUUGCAUUCGACUUGCAGGGGAAGUGGCAAAAGUACUAAUGGAACUUGCCGAUAGCAUAAGAAAACGCUGCCAUUGCUCUCCGGAGAUACUUUCCGAUCAUCUUCAGGAAGCCUUAAAAGACCUCAAUACUGCUAUAACUUCCCAACCAAGGCUCUUCUUUGGCUCCAAAAUUAAUCAAGACUCCAACAUGCUUGCCAUAGCUGCAGCUGCAUAUGCAAGCCAAGAACACCAAAAAGACUCCAGAGUUUCAUUACCGAGUGUAAAAACUUACCCUUCUACAUUGCUUGAAAGGAAAAACAGAAGGGUUUCUAAGCAGUCAAAGGAGGCAGAGUGGAAGCUCUUAAAGCGACUGUCGAGUAAGAUUGCCAUAACUAGCCUUGAGUUCUCGGAAGCACUUCCUUUUGCUGCUUUUGCUUCUUUGCUUGUAGAGAUGGUGGCAAAACUCGAUCACAUUAUCGAGGAAGUUGAAGAAUUGGGGAGGAAAGCAUGCUUCAAAGAGUACAAACAUGGUGAUCAGAUUUUUGUCGUGACUUCUGAGAGACCACAAAUCAUUGUUGAUCAGAACAAUUUUCCAUCUCAUGGGGAAGUACAAUUAGAGAAUGAGUAUGCUGAAAUUAGAGCAGAGAAGGAGGCUUCUAAAUUAAGUGCAUCAGAGUCUGUCACAACAUGUUUGGAGGUUGAAAAGAGGGAGAGGAAGUUCAUGAAGAAGCUUUUGGCAUGGGAAAAACAAAAAACUAAGUUGCAGGAGGAGAUUGCUGACGAGAAACAGAAGAUUAAGGAAUUGCAACAACUUCUGGUUCGGAUCACACUGGCUCAGAAAGAAGUUGAGUUAAAGUGGAGGCAGGAGCUGAAGGUCAAAGAGCUAGCCUUGGCUCAAGUGGAGGAGGAACGUCACAGCAAGGAAGCUGCUGAGGCCAGUAACAAACGAAAGCUCGAGGCUUUGCGCCUAAAGAUAGAGAUAGACUUCCAGCGGCACAAGGAUGAUCUUCAAAGACUUGAGCAAGAACUUUCACGUCUUAAAGCAUCUGCUCUGACUACGGAAUCGCAUUACCCAUUGAAUAUGAUAUCCUCGGCAUACAAUGAGGGAGCAAAACCAAGAGGAGAAACGAUGGCUAAGCUGCUUCAUGACAUCUAUGGUCGGGAAGAUUCCUCAGAUAAAGAAGCCAACUGUGAUAGGAAAUGCAUGAUUUGCAUGAAAGAUGAAGUUUCUGUUGUUUUCUUGCCGUGUGCUCACCAAGUUCUAUGUGCUAACUGCAGUGUGGGUUAUGAUAAAAAGGGUAAUGCUACUUGUCCCUGCUGCAGGGUUCCAAUUGAACAAAGAAUCCGUGUUUACGGUGCAAGUUCAUAG